GUGGAAAAUGAAGAAUUUGUUGAGUAUCAUAACCUUAGUUCUUUGUGUAUGGCUCAGUUUUGGUUGUACUGAUGGAGCUCAAAAAAGAAAGAGUGGAGAGGUUUCUUUCCACAGAAUUCAUGCCAGCUCUCUCUUUCCUUCAUCAUCACCAUGUGUUCUUUCUCCAAGAGCAUCUAAUACCAAGUCAUCACUACUCGUGAUGCACACACACGGUCCAUGCUCGAGUCUAAGCAGUAAGAAAGCCACCACAAGUCCCAAGACUCCCAACCAUGACGACAUCCUCAGACUCGACCAGGCGCGAGUAAAAUCCAUCCACUCAAGGCUCUCAAAGAAGUCAACAGUCCAAGAUAGAGUCAGUCAAAGUCAAUCAACAGAUCUAGAGGUUAGAGACGGAAGCACACUCGGUUCAGGAAACUACAUCGUUACGGUCGGAAUCGGGACACCGAAACACAAUCUGUCUCUUGUCUUCGACACAGGCAGCGAUCUGACGUGGACUCAAUGCGAACCAUGUGGUAAAAGUAAAACUUGUUAUCCACAAGAGGAGCCCAUCUUUAACCCUUCUUCCUCUACUUCCUACUCCAACCUCUCGUGCUCAUCCCCCUUUUGCAAUUCCCUCACUUCCCAAGGUUACUACAGAAACUGCUCGGCUUCUAACUGCAUCUACGGUGCCGUAUACGGUGAUAGAUCCUUCACUUUAGGGUUUCUCGCCAAAGAGAAAUUUACUUUAAACUCCGAUGUAUUCGACAACAUUAACUUUGGCUGCGGAGAGAACAACAAAGGACUCUUCUACGGUGCUGCCGGGCUUCUUGGCCUUGGCCGUGGCACAUUCUCAUUUCCGUCGCAGACUGCGAUGACCUACAACAACAUAUUCUCUUACUGCCUCCCUUCUUCUCCAGAUUACACUGGCCAUCUCACCUUCGGAUCAACCGGUGGAUUAUCCAACUCCGUCAAAUACACUCCCAUCUCCACAUCCACAGACAGCGCAUCCUUCUACGGCCUUGAUAUCGUAGGUAUCACCGUCGCCGGUAAAGAACUAGAGAUUCCUUUAACCGUGUUCUCUACCGCCGGUGCAAUAAUAGACUCUGGUACUGUCAUUACUCGUCUACCACCGAUGGCUUACGCGGCGUUACGAACCGCGUUUAAAGAGAAUAUGUCGAAUUAUACGAUUACGAUGGGACGAGCGAUACUCGACACGUGUUAUAAUUUUACUGGGUUGGAGUCUGUGGAGAUCCCUAAAGUCUCGUUGUCCUUCGAAGGCGGGACUGUUGUGGAAGUUGACUCGAGAGGGAUUUUGUACGUGUUUGAUGUGUCGCAGGUUUGUUUGGCGUUUGCGGGGAAUGGUGACGAUGGUGAUGUUGCUAUAUUCGGGAACGUUCAGCAGAUGACGAUAGAAGUUGUGUAUGAUGGUGCGGGUGGACGGGUCGGGUUUGCUCCGAAUGGUUGUAUGUAGUUGGUGAUGAGACACGAAAUAAAAUUUGGUAAGGUUGUAUUUAUAUGAGCUUUGUGCUUGAUCAAGUGCGUAAGUUUGCUUGGAUGUUACGAUUUCUUUUUAAUUGUAUUUUGUAUAACUCAUUGUACCUAAAGACCUCCCUUGAUUCUGCUCAAUCCUAAACUCUAAUACGAUACAUAUUUGUUAGUUAAAGUGAUAAUGUGAUAAGUUUCUUGGGCUUCCCAACUUAAAACCAAU